AUGGAAACAGCUUUAAUGAAAAAGACUUUGAGCAAACAUCAUAAAACUCUGCCAACUUCUGGAAAAACCAUUACUAAUGUCCCUAGCAGAUUGUCUUCAAAACAGGCCUCAACAUCCAUUGGGUCAGAGCUUCCUGCACUUUCACCAGAUGUAGUGAGUUUAAAUUCUGUUGUUAAAACUGGAAAGAAGAGGCCCAAGACUGUGACAGUAUCAAAAAGGCCAAGUGUUGGAAUCAUGUCUCAGGAUCAAUGGGAUCGACCAGUUAUUCCACCAAGAAGACCAGGCUUAAGGGUGUGCUAUAUCUGUGGCAAAGAGUUUGGUUCACAAUCUCUUCCUAUUCAUGAACCAAAAUGCCUGGAGAAGUGGCAUAUUGAAAAUGACAAACUACCAAAACAUCUCAGAAGAGCACCACCUGUUAAACCUCAGGCUCUUCCUGGAAAGUCUUCUAGUAUAGCAGCUGCAAAUGAAGCAGCAGCUCAAAGUUUUCAAGCUCAGCUUCAACCCUGUCAAAACUGUGGUCGCACUUUCCUCCCAGAUCGCCUCCUUGUACAUCAAAAGAGUUGUAAACUGAAGUCUAAUCCAGGUUCUUCAAACUCCAAAUUGCUUACAUCUACAGGUUAUGGGGCAUCAUCAUCAGACAAGUCUCCCAUGAUAAGGCGACCUCCUACAGUUAUUUGUUAUAUUUGUGGCCGUGAGUAUGGAACCUAUUCCAUAGGCAUCCAUGAACCACAGUGUCUGAAAAAAUGGCAUAUUGAGAACAAUCAACUGCCAAAACAUUUACGAAGAGCUGAACCUGUAAAGCCAGUUGUCUGUUCUGUAGGAGCCAAAGGUUACUAUGAUCUUGAUGCUUUAAAUGAGUCUGCUUGGCAAAGCGCCCAGAGCCAGCUAGUUCCAUGUGAUAUUUGCGGCCGUACCUUCCUGCCAGACAGACUGAUUGUCCACCAGCGGUCCUGUAAACCAAAGACACCAAAAUAA